UUUCAGAUUAGCACAAAAAAAGUUGGUGCCACAAUUGUUGAAACAGGCUCACUUUGUAAUCCCUUUUGGACUAAAGGAACUACGAUUGUCAUUAAUAGCAUGUGUGGAAAAGCAUUGUGAUACUACGUUAUCAUCAGAAUCUAUCGACGACAUGCUUGAAAAACUCAGUCAAAAGUACAAUGGAUUUUAUGGUUUCAGAACAAGUGAAAUUUUAGAUGAUCAGCCAUUGCCAGACUUGAAAUCUCGCUGGACAAAUAAACCAAUCACUUUAAGGGACAUACUUGAACAUUUUUUUGGUCAUGCAGAAAAAGCCUUUAGAAAUGAAAUAGAUAAACUUCUUGUAGGCAGGAGCAAUACAGUACCCAGGCCAUUAGAUAUUUUUUUCACAGGUCGAAUCCCGGAAACAUUUUUAUCUCUGGGGAUAAUCUCAUCAGUUGAUUGUUUCUUGGAAAAGUAUUUGAAGGAACUGAAAGAACUUUACAUAUCUGUGGAAUUCGAUAUGUAUUCCCCCAUAUUCAAACGCUUUAACAAUGAUGAGCGACAAGAUGCAACUCAACAGCUUUUAGACUACCGAAUGGAAGAAUUUAACAUGCGCAGAAACCCAAUUAUACUACCCAACGAAGAACCCAAAAGUUGCUUAAAGCCUAUUAUCUUCAUCAAUAUUGAAAUAUUGCCUACACAAAUCCAGACUGUUUAUACAUACCUAGAUAAAGAUAGACGAAUUGGACAGAAGCAAAAUUUUGAAUGUUAUAUGCGACCGUUGAAUACUUUCAUCAAGCAAUCACAAUUAUAUCAAAGGCCGAUACUAUGCAUAUCAAACAGACUGAAGUUAGGUUUAGAAAAGAUUUUUGGUGACUGUCUUAAAAGGUACUCAAGUUACAAAAAAGAUGUGAAAAGAAGAAUACCAAUGAGCCCGGCAUCCAAAUUACUUGGCAGGGCUUUCCAAACUACGCGGAAUAGGAGUACUUUAAGCAGUGAGGAAAGGAUAAAAUCAAGCAAAAAUCGGCUAAAAAGAAUCAGAAAUUUAUUUGUCUCCUUGGACCCAAACCCAUUUAAAGAGCUUAUGGCAAACAUUGAAAUGGACGAUCUUUUUGUGACGAAGGACGAAUUUCCUGCUUCGGAUAACGAGUCAUUUACUACAUGCCAUCCAGGUUACAUGUAUUUUUUUAUAAUCACAUAUCUGCACUGUCUGAACAAGCAAAUAGAGAAAAAAUUAGAAAGUAAUGUAGGAUCGAAUUGGCAAGCCAAAAACAUCUGGUAUGGUGUCUCUAUUGACAAAAAGCUAUUGGAUACUGUAUUCGGCUCAAUAAAGAAAUUGGAAAAAUCAUUCUUUGCAAGCGGAAUACUCAUGAAGGACGACGAACUUCGAAAAGCAAAGUUCUGCACCCGUGGUGAAGAAAUUCUACCAGCUCUCCAACACAAGUAUCAACAUUUGGACUUUAGGUUGAAAACACACUUUGUUGUUGCACAGAUAUCUUCAAAGCAUAUUCAACUCAGUUUACAUCAAGUUGUCAAACUGGCAUCACCCGAAGAAGAUCCAGCGUCCAUUAUUAUUCAGAAUGAAAUGAUACAUAUCGAUAAUGUAUAUGAUACACUCUGUAAGAGUAUUAUGAAGAACAUACAAGUCAAUUGUCGAGUUGACUAUUGUACCAUGCACAAAAGUGAGGAAGAUACACAAUAUGAUUUCCAGUCAUUUGAGAUAUAUAGCAAUAUCUAUCGAAAUUUAAAACCAUGCGUUGUUGAAUUUUUCGAAAAAAACAAGUCAAAUUUAGACAUGGAUUCCAAAAUACAACUGAAUAUCAACACGAAAUGCGGUUGCAGUAUAAGCAUAUUUCAUCGUGAUAUUAUUGAAGCAGGCCUUAUGUCAGUGAUAGAAGGUAGAACAACAGAUAUAGUUUCUUCUUUGACCAACAAAAGACUAUUUGGAAACUAUGCACCAAAUUACAUUUUCGUUUUUGGAGAUCCGUUCAAUUUGGCGCAGGGUUCAAAGAUCCACAUCAUAUACACCAUGAUUAUGCAAAAAGCAAUUGAUGACGGCGUUUAUAUUAAAGAAAAAGACACAAUGACAUUUGUACUAAGAGAAUCAAUUUUCCAAUUACUGGAGACGUUUUUAACUGGGAAAAAGCCUUACAUGUUUGAAAGGUUUGUCACUGGAACUUUGUGCCAAGUAUCAAGCAAUACAUACGGGAUGCGUAUUCCAAAUUAUCCUCCAGACUAUUGGAGGGCUUUCACCCGAAUAAACAGUAAUGGUGAUAUCAAAAAUACUAUUACAAAAGAUGGUAGUUAUUUGGUAUUUAUUAAGAAAGGGAAGCCAGUUUCAACAAAGGGGCUUAUAAUUCAUUUCAAUGAACCAAUCUUAAUCAUUCUUAAAAUUCUUCGAUUAGAAAGUUCACCCAGUACUGUUCCGGACAAGUAUGCUCUAUUGCACAGCGACACUCCUGGUGAUACUUAUAAUAUGUAUCACAGUAGCUUGUCGUAUUCUACUUUGAAUACAUUUGUGGUAGAAUAUGAGCAGAGUAGCAAUAAUUUAUCUAUCAAAUUAUCAAGAGGAUGUAUGGGCGAUAUUAGGGACUAUAUUGAUAAAACUUAUUACGAAACCGAAAUUAUCAUGGAGCCAUUGACACUCGCUUAUAUUUAACCUAUCACUGCUUCAAUAAAAUCAUAUAUUUUACACAACUGAUUAAAACUA